AUGGGUUUAGCUCUACAGCAUGACUGGAAGAAUAGAAAAAAAUUGUACGAUUAUUAUGUUGAUUAUGAUUAUCUUCUUUAUAUGGCCAAAAACUUUGAUAAAGAUAAAUGCAUAUAUUAUAAUAAAAUUAUAGAAAUGAUCUCAUUAUAUAAUUCCUUUAAGGAUUUAUGUAAAACUCAUGCAAAAAGAUGUCCAGACGUCUUUUAUAAAUUCCCGAUAGAAAAUAUUGAGCCUGUGCUAGAAGAAUUACAAUGUUAUUCUAAAAUUAAUGGUAUAAGUGAUUCCAUUUCAGAGGCUACUUCUUCGCUUCAACAUAUAGACAACAAAGAAGUGCAUGAAGAACCUGCAGAGGAUAUUGCAGAUCAUAUUAUAGAUGAUUAUACAGUCGAAUCUGAUACCCAGUUAGAUAGUGGAAAUUCCGGAAUUGGAAAAAAAUUUACCCAUUCAAUUCUUGGCGCAGCUCCAGUUUUAUUAACUGGCACUAUAUUAUAUAGAUACGAACUUGUAAACAACUUGCUUUACAUGUACAACAGUAAGUAA